CCUGCACCAGUCCCUUCUAUCACUUGCGUCAACCACUUGCCAUCAACAACCGCAAUCACCUCGCUACCGCUCCCUUGCCUACAUCCUCGUCAACCAGACACACAGGUCGCUGUUCCAGAUUGACCUUAAUUCGUCAUGGCCCUCGACAACUUCUAUCACAACAAGAUUGAAUCCCUCAAGCUUGAGAUCAUUCAAGGUCAAGCAGUGCUCCGUCGGCUAGAAGCUCAACGAAAUGACUACAACUCAAGAGUACGAUUACUACGGGAAGAGCUGGGACUGCUACAACAACCCGGAUCAUAUGUUGGUGAGGUGGUGAAAGUGAUGGGCACAAAGAAAGUGCUUGUCAAAGUACAUCCUGAAGGCAAAUAUGUCGUCGAUGUCGCGGAUACUGUUGACAUUUCGAAACUGACCGUCGGCAAACGUGUCUCUCUUCUAUCCGAUUCCUACAAGCUCGAGAAAAUGCUACCCUCAUCCGUCGAUCCGUUGGUGUCUCUGAUGAUGGUCGAAAAAGUACCGGACAGCACAUACGACAUGAUCGGUGGUCUCGAUCAGCAAAUCAAAGAAAUCAAAGAAGUUAUUGAACUCGGUUUGAAUCAUCCAGAACUCUUCGAAUCCUUGGGUAUUGCUCAACCCAAAGGUGUCCUUCUCUAUGGGCCUCCUGGAACGGGAAAGACUCUGCUAGCUCGUGCUGUCGCUCAUCAUUCCAACUGCAAAUUCAUCAGGGUGUCAGGAUCAGAGCUGGUACAAAAGUACAUUGGUGAAGGCAGUCGAAUGGUCCGAGAACUUUUCGUCAUGGCAAGAGAACAAGCUCCCAGUAUCAUCUUUAUGGACGAAAUCGACAGUAUAGGUUCGAGCCGUGUCGAGGGAAGCAGCGGCGGUGAUUCAGAAGUGCAGCGAACGAUGUUGGAGUUGCUCAAUCAAUUAGAUGGGUUCGAGCCUACAAAGAACAUCAAAGUCAUCAUGGCCACCAACAGACUUGACAUCUUGGACCCAGCACUGCUUCGACCUGGACGAAUUGACCGAAAAAUCGAGUUCCCUCCGCCAACUGUCGAGGCCAGAGCCGACAUUUUAAGAAUCCAUUCUCGGAGCAUGAAUCUGACCAGAGGAAUCGAUUUGAAGAAGAUUGCCGAGAAGAUGAAUGGCUGCUCUGGUGCCGAGCUCAAAGGUGUAUGCACCGAAGCCGGCAUGUUCGCUUUGCGAGAACGAAGAAUCCACGUCACUCAGGAAGAUUUCGACCUGGCGACCGCCAAAGUGCUCAACAAGCAUGAUGACAAGGAAGUGUCCUUGGGCAAGUUAUGGAAGUAGACCAUUUGGGGUCUAUCUCCUUGUCAAUUUUGUUCCUGCAUAGCGACAAAAUGUAAUACCAUCAGGGCGACAGCAAGGAUUGACGUCUGAAGAGGAAUACAAUACAGCUGUUCAAGGGUCGAAAGUUCUUCCUGUUCUGUGAUGCUCUUUUUUCUACCAUUUCGUCUAAAGUCUACGUCUAUGAUUUUUGUCAUCA